UAGUGAUGGCGGAGAGUGGUGCGAAGGAGAAUUGUGUCAAAAACUCUUCUUCUCAAAUCGUGUCUCUGCUUUAUUUUCUGUCUCAGUUGUGAGACGCUAAUAGAGGGUUGUUAUGGCCCAUCGAUACCUGUUCUUGUCAAGAGGGUGUAGAAACCUUUCAAAGAUCAUUUUGCCUCCAAACGUCAGAUCAACAAACUAUACAUCGUUACGACUGGUGUCAAACCAAGCUGAGAAUCAAGCCCCCAAUGCUCUUGGAGAUGGAUCAUUGCUGUGGAGUGUGUUAGGCGCUUACAGAAGGCUAUGCUCUAAGCCCCCAAAAGGGUUUGAGAAAUACUUCCCUAACCGGAGUGGCCCAAAGCACAGUGAACCCAAAGCAAGCGAGGCCAAAGAGGCCAAGCCAAGCAAUGGCAGCAGAGCCAGUAGGUCAAGUGGUGGAGGUGGAGGUGGCGGCGGCGGAGGAGGAGGAGGAGGAGGAGGAGGAGGAGGUGGUGCGUCAGGUGGAGGGGGUAAAAGAGGGGCAAGGAAAGAUGACAGCUCCUGGUUCAGCCGUCUCCAGAAGGGAGAUGUACCAUGGGAUGACCGAGAGUUCCGGGCUUAUUUUCUGGGCGGAGCUGCUUUUUGGGCAGCAGUCACUUACUACUUCUUCUUCCGCGAUGGUGGGAGAGAAGUUACCUGGAAGGACUUUGUUAAUCUCUAUCUUUCCAAAGGCGUUGUGGAUCGGCUAGAGGUUGUAAACAAACGAUAUGUGAAAGUGGUAUUCGCUCCAGGAAAGACCCCAGUUGAUGGACAAUAUGUUUGGUUCAACAUCGGCAGUGUGGACACAUUUGAGCGCAAUCUGGAGACAGCCCAGUUUGAGAUGGGCAUCGAGGGAGAGAACAGACUCCCAGUGGUCUACUCAACUGAGAGUGAUGGAUCCUUCCUCCUCAGCAUGCUGCCCACUGUCCUCAUCAUCGGCUUCCUGCUCUUCAUGCUCCGUCGCGGCCCAGCGGGCGCCGGUAGGCCGGGCCGGGGGAUGGGCGGCCUGUUCAGCGUCGGCGAGACCACCGCCAAGGUGCUGCGGGACGAGAUCGACGUCAAGUUUAAGGACGUGGCGGGCUGCGAGGAGGCCAAGAUGGAGAUCAUGGAGUUUGUCAACUUCCUGAAGAACCCGAAGCAAUAUCAGGACCUGGGAGCCAAGAUCCCUAAGGGUGCCAUUUUGACUGGUCCUCCGGGAACUGGAAAAACACUCCUGGCGAAGGCCACAGCAGGUGAAGCCAACGUGCCCUUCAUCACCGUCAAUGGCUCAGAGUUCCUGGAGAUGUUUGUCGGUGUGGGUCCAGCAAGGGUUCGUGACCUCUUUGUGCUGGCACGUAAGAACGCCCCGUGCAUCCUGUUCAUAGAUGAGAUUGAUGCUGUGGGGAGGAAGAGAGGCCGUGGGAACUUCGGUGGACAGAGCGAGCAGGAGAACACCCUCAAUCAGUUACUGGUGGAGAUGGAUGGAUUUAACACGGCAACUAAUGUAGUGGUCCUGGCUGGCACAAACAGACCAGAUAUCUUGGACCCAGCACUCAUGAGGCCUGGGCGCUUUGACAGACAAAUAUAUAUAGGUCCCCCGGACAUAAAAGGCAGAGCGUCCAUAUUCAAGGUGCAUCUGAGGCCCCUGAAACUGGAUACGGAGAUGGAUAAAGACGGCCUGGCCAGGAAAAUGGCUGCCCUUACACCUGGAUUCUCAGGAGCUGACAUUGCCAAUGUGUGCAAUGAGGCGGCGCUGAUUGCCGCUCGUCACCUCGCCGACGCCAUCAACCAGAAACACUUUGAGCAGGCCAUCGAACGCGUUAUCGGAGGUCUGGAGAAGAAGACGCAGGUGCUGCAGCCCGAGGAGAAGAAGACUGUGGCGUACCACGAGGCCGGCCACGCCGUAGCUGGAUGGUUCCUGGAGCAUGCAGACCCACUGCUGAAGGUGUCUAUAAUUCCCCGCGGGAAGGGUCUGGGCUAUGCACAGUACCUGCCCAAAGAGCAGUACCUGUACACCAAGGAGCAGCUACUGGACCGCAUGUGCAUGACGCUGGGCGGACGCGUGUCGGAGGAGAUCUUCUUCGAACGCAUCACCACGGGGGCUCAGGACGACCUCAAGAAGGUCACGCAGAGCGCCUACGCCCAGAUAGUUCAGUUUGGCAUGAACGAGAAGGUGGGCCAGGUGUCGUUCGACCUGCCGCGUCAGGGGGAGAUGGUGCUUGAGAAGCCCUACAGCGAGGCCACGGCCCGCCUCAUCGACACGGAGGUGCGCCACCUCAUCACCACGGCCUACGAGCGCACCACUGAGCUGCUGAGGGAGAAGAAGGCCGACGUGGAGAAGGUGGCGCUUCGACUGCUCGAGAAGGAAGUGCUGGACAAGAACGACAUGGUGGAGCUGCUCGGACCCCGGCCGUUUGCCGAGAAGUCCACGUACGAGGAGUUUGUGGAGGGAACCGGCGGGAUGGAGGAGGACACUUCCCUGCCUGAGGGUCUGAAGGACUGGAACAAGGAGCGCGGCCGAGAGAAGGAGGAGAGCACGGAGGAGCAGGUGGCGCGCCAAAUAUCAGGAGGCAUGCCCUUCUAGAAGGCCUCCUCCUCCUCCUCCUCUUCCUCCUCUUCCUCCUCCUCCUCCUGCUUGUCCUUUGCAGGGGGAGAUUUCACACGAAGGGGAGACGUGAGACAUGACGGGCUGAAAGCCAUGAGGAGAAGUGGCCUGGGUGCUAGGAGAGACACAUGUGGAGAUGAGGUUGAGGAUGAGCCAUGGCCAAGUUGAGAGUCCUUCUGAGUCCCUUGACCCUCACGGAUGUUGAGAGACCAUGUGAAGUUGGUUUUGUAAGGGACGGCAACAUGUGGAAGGCCAUGCUUUGUGGUUGAGAACUUUUCCAUAUCUACAUCUGCUUUGUCAGUAAUCAGUUAAGAGACACUCAUGACACCAGUAAGUCAGAUGUCUGUGUUCCCCAGGAGGUUGGUUUCAGUGCUUUGCAGGGAUGACUUUAGCUCUGUGUCUGUUGUGCUGUUGAUGACGUGUGCUGCGAGAGGAGACAGCAGGCAAUGGUGUGAAUUGUUUUGUUGUAGUGCACACUGUAGUUCCAAACAAAACCUAAAACAAAACAAAAAAUAUACAUAUACUGUAUGUAUGUAUAUUUAUAUAUUUCACCACCACAUUUUUACUCAAACGCCUCAAGAUCUUGGUCGAUUUUUGACUGGUCAUCCCAGUCAUAGUACAUAUGCUUACAUACCUAGGACUGAAACUUUACCGGCUCAUUCAGGGGAGAAGCACUUGCAUUUAAACACAUCUAUUGACAGAGAAUGUACUCAUGGAAUCAGUCAAAAAUCCUAAUUAUUUAAAACUACAAUUUUGUUAGUGUGUACCACUGAUAUACUAUAUACUGCUUCUGUGAAGUGGCUGCAUAAAUGUAUUGCUUUGACAGGGAGAAUGAGAAGGAAAAUAACGGUAUCUCGUGACACCUUGUGAACUGCAUGCGUUUGCAUUUACAGAGACAUUUCCAUUUCCAUCAGGCUCCACUUGCAAGGGUAGUUGAGCACUUGGCACAUGUACUGAAAAUCAAAAAACGCAAACCCUAUUGUAGUGAGUUACACAUGUUUGGCAAUGGGAUGGACACGACAGACCCCCUCCUUUUGAAUUGUGCUUUUCUCUCAGAUUGAUUUUUAAUUCAUAAACAAAUAUUGUAGUCAUCAGGGUGUUCAUCAGGGGUUCUAGGAAUGUCCCUAUUUGUUAGGAUUCUUGAUGUCCCUGUUAUUUUUAAGUUGAUCAAUUAACAUGCACUUAACAAUCACUCCACUGACGAUACAGAUACACAAGCAAAGUCAUUCUUUCUUCUUUGUGUAAACCAAGUUUCAUUUGAGAGUUCCUGGAAGUUAUUGGUAACUCACUCAGGUCAGAGAAUUAGUGUUGUUUUUGUUCCUGGAAUCCCAUUUUAGUUCGAUCCUGUUUUAAGCUUAAGUUGGUGGUGAUGUUCAUCUGAUGUGUCUUUGCACAGAAGAUGCAACUUAGUGGAGAGACGUCAAGGCCUUCAGAUGAGAUUUGAUGUCAUGAGUGCCAGAGCUUCCAGCCAUUUGGAUGAUGUUAGUUAUAGGAGCUUGUUAUGUCUGAAAUCAUCAUUUAUAAGCCAAGCUGUGUACAAAUUACCCAUAUCCUCCCAUCUUUUGUGCCAGCCAGUUGUUGGAAGUGAUUUCUGUAAAAUAAUGUGUAAAUGUUUAUUUUGUUCCACUGUGGAAAGAUCAUCAUCAUCUGAUGUGUUGAAAAGAAUAAUAAAUGUAUUUAAAAUAUA